CCAUUUAAAUUUCAGCAAAUUAUCCACCACAACUGUGACUGAACAGCUUUGUCUUGCAGUCUGCCACGUAGUUUAAUCCUUUUAUGAAAAGCUCAUUUGUACACUCCCCUUUCCCUCCCAUGAACACGAAGCUCUGCCCCCAUAACCUACAGUAAUUCUAAAAUUAAAGCGAGCAUAAGCAAAGACUGUCGACUGUCAUCACUUAAUUCAUUGAAAGCUUGAAAGCCAGGUUCUUACACCAUAAACACGCACCAAUCUAAUCCUAUGUCCAUGAACAAGAUAUGAGGGACUUUUUCAGAAAUUUCCUCAAAUCAUGUUGAAGAAAUGUGGAGCAGGGAGAAAUAAAGGUCUAGACACACCUUUUUAUAUUCUUGCAGAAUGAUAACGGUAUUGUGGGGCUCCUACAUGGUCCUUUCAUUUCCUCCUUUCUUUUAAACAAGGGUUUCUUUCUGUUUCCCUCUAGCCUCCAGGAACAGAGGAAGCGGUGAUACUUUCAAGGAAUGUUUAACUGUGACUUCAACUGUAACUGAUGAAACUAAACAUUAUUUAUUUAUGUGUUUGUUUGUUAAUUAUUAUGUAAUUCAGCAUUAGCCAAUGACGUUUGAGAAAAUUUGUCUACACAGAACACUGCUACAGUCUACGAGGUAAGAUGAUUGUUGUUGCUUCUCGCCAAUUCGCACUUAUUCUUCUAGUCGAUGUGCAAAUACGUGGCUUUAAAAAUGUCUAUUAUAGACUUUUUGUAUUAUUAUUUGUAUUAUAGGUUUCUUUAUUUUGUUUUCUAUCAACACCCAGUGUGAAUGUGACAGUCGCUGUGUACUGUAGGUUACCCUGUUUGAGCUUUUGAAGCUUACGUCUCCGCUGUAAACUCUCUUUUUUUUUUUCUCCCUCUCUGUCUCUGUCUCUCUCACUUUCCUUUCUUCAUUGUCAUUGUGUCGCAUGAAGCCGAGACAAUGACACACUUCCUCCUUUUAGUCAGACGAUAGCUAUUUUGUCAGCUCACGUAGACAUCCUUCCACUUUGGUUCCUUCCACAACACCUCAGAGCGUCUGUGAGUGCAGAUGUGCAUCAGGACGUGUAUUGAAAUUCAUUGUUUUAUAUUAUAAAUCAAAGUGUGUGCUAAGUGUUUUAAAUUUAAUGUGCUCCACCCUCUCUCCAGGGUUGAAUUUAUAGUUUCACAUGCUUGAGAGCAGAAGAAAGUGUCUGUAUUAAAAUAACAUGGUUUGGUAGAGAGAUUGGUUGUGCAGUUUAGACUGAAACCCCAGAGAAUUAUGGGAAAGUGUAAUGUACAUUAUAUUAAAUCCCAUGCGGACUUCAUCUAGCAGCGACCCUUUGAUCCUUGUUCUCCUGUUCAAGGCUUUUAUAAUCUCUCCACCUCCAUACAUGAAAGAGAGGCAGCUUCUCUUCUCUCGUUCCCUCAAAAGCACGUCUUUCUAUACUGCUCACCUGGAUGUGUUUUUUCCCUGAGUAGAUUCAGUUUGAUUCAGAGGUUUUGUGCUUCACUAGAUCAGGAUUACAGCUAGAACAUGUAGACAUUGUUUUUGAGUGAUCAUGUGAUACAGUGUACUCAUAGAGGUGAAGCGUUUGUGUGCAUUCCCACAAUGCACUGCGAACAUUGAUUAGUUUUACACUUUACAAGCCAAUAUUCAAAUGCAAUAAAGCACGACUUAGCUGUGUUUAACGUGUCAGGGUCAGCUAGAGUGCUAGAGAUAUUUUGUACUUUGUACAACUAGCCAACGUGUCCUGACCUCAACCCGAACACCUUUGGGAUGAAUUAGAGCGGAGACUGAGAGCCAGGCCUUCUCGUCCAACAUCAGUGUGUGACCUCACAAAUGCGCUUCUGGAAGAAUGGUCAAAAAUUCCCAUAAACACACUCCUAAACCUUGUGGACAGCCUUCCCAGAAGAGUUGAAGCUGUUAUAGCUGCAAAGGGUGGACCGACGUCAUAUUGAACCCUAUGGAUUAGGAAUGGGAUGUCACUUAAGUUCAUAUGCGAGUCAAGGCAGGUGAGCGAAUACUUUUGGCAAUAUAGUGUAUCUCUGAUUGCUGAUUAACUUUUCUGGGUAUUUUUGUGACUUGAUAUCUGUAUCAACAAAAAACAAAUAUCAGUCCUGCUGUUUUUCUAUCCUGUCUUCUCUAUUUUCCUUUCAGCAAUAAAGGGGCAAUAAUAGACCAUUCUGGCUCUGCAAAUAGCCCUAAUCUAUUAAUUUAUUAGCCAGAUGUGUACAUGAGCAAAGGUUACUCUUUAUUAGUCAAUUAGUGGAGAGAGAGAGAGAGAUUUCUCUUUCUUGAUACAAAUGUCAACCUUCAAAAAAAUGAACAAAACAUUAAGAUGUAAAAUAUCUCAGGAUGCACAUGAUUGUUCUGAUUUGCAUGUUCAUGCAUAUUCAUGAAUCCUGGCAUUCAUUAGAGCAAUUCAAGUUGAAAAGAUGUUCUUUUAAGGGACAUGUUAAAAUACUUUAUUAUGCAACAUUCUGAUUAUUCAAAUAAGACAGUCAUUUUUUAUUCAGAAUUUCUUUAAAGAGUAAAUUUUAUGGAAGCAGAUUGAAUCACUUCUGCUGCUGCCAUCACGUCACCUUGUCUGAAACCUGAGCCUGGGGCUUGUGAGAGACCAGGUUUAUAUAACAGUAGCCAUAAAAACAAUUUUCCCUAAAAAAACAACGCACUAUUAUUAGUCCUUUGCUGAGUCACAGAAGCUUUUAGAUGAAGGGAAAGAAGUCAGAAAUGUUCACUCAUACUGUAUAAACUGUGAAUUCUUCACUCAUAUAACAGUAUAGUUACUUCUUAAAACAAAUACACAGCUUUAAUUCUCUUUUUCUCAAAGCAGAAAAAUAUCAACUCCUAAGUUUGUGAAUGUAAAGGUAUUUAAGUAAGAAAGUCUAGAAGUACAGGAAAGACUGACAAAAAGGAAAAAAGACAUCACAGAGACUGAGAUUUUGAAUUGUAUUUUGUCAAAUAUUCUUUAAAAUCAAAUUCAACUUCUUUAAAAUCAACAGAUUUACCAUCUAUAUUUAUUAGAAAGUAAUGCAAAAUACUUCACAAGGUGUAAGAGUGUAAAGCAUCAGAGUAACACAAAACCAUAUACUACAUAAUACGAUUAGCAGCGUGGCUAUGGUUCAUCCUGAAAUUCACUGAUCUUUUACAUAUCUAAGUUCAUUAUUUUCAUCAAAAUCAACAGCUGAAACUUCCCUAAUCCCUAAAGGAAUAUUCGAGCAUCUUUCACAUUGUAAUAGUGUUUGUAUUUAUGUAGCAUGACUUUUAUUUCUAUACGUAUUCAUAUCUUGAUUCCACUUGAUGCCGUUGCCUAUUGUCUUCUCUUCUCCCCUUUUGUAGCCUCAGUAUUAGAAAGAGUAUCAGUGCGUCACAGAAUAAAGCAAACUAACCCUGCUGUGAAUCGCGUGAUUCAAAAGACGUGUGUGAAGAGAUUAUGGUUCAAAGCCAUAUAAUCCAACAACAUCUGGCCAAUCGACAUUUAAUGCAUAUCGGUGUUAGAUUAAUGGAAUUCUUGAGAACUUUCAAAAUUAUUAACGUCCAUCUGUAGUGUGUGUGUGUGUGUGUGUGUGUGUGUGUACCAUAGGCAUACAACAACAGAAAACCUGUUUACACGUUACACAGUGACUCUGACCAGGAUAAAGCUUUACUGAAGAUGAAUGACGGUAUUGAUCCAGUGCGCUGGCAUCCAAUCCAGGGUGUGUUCCUACCUUGUGCUCAGGUUUCUUGGGAUAAGAACAACGAUAAAGUCUUACCGAAGAGUAACGAAUAAAUAAACAAGUGAAUGGAUGGAUGGAAGGUCAUUAUUGUUAAGCUGGACAAAACGACAUGUCUGAAACAUGUAUGAGAUAGCAAUAACCUCUCUAUUGUUGCAUGUGAAAGCUUUGAAUUUGUCAUGGUGCUGUUUAUCUUAUACUGAAAUAAUAUUGACAAAACUCAUCAGCUACCCUUAGGCUGUGUGUUAAGUAAAGUGGCAUUAGUUUUCUCAGAGGAUGGAAAUGUUCCGGUUAUUUUCUUAGGGAGUGAUGUCAAUGUGCUGGAUUUUUCCUUCAGAGUCUGUGUCCAUUUCUUUGUGCCACUUGGUCAAUCUUGGUCUUGUCGCGCCCGUUCUCGUAUUGCCCGUUUAAGCCUGAGUGAUAACAUCUGUCAGCCACUGGUAGGGGAAAUCUGUGUGCCAUCAGUAAAUGAGUGUAUGUAGGUGAGAUCAGUAUGAUAUCUGUGUGUGUGUGUGUGUGUGUGUUUGGUGUGUGUGUGUGUGUGUCUAUUGUAUUCCUAGUGCGGCACGCCUAGGGGGCCAGGCCGGACCUGAAAAACCAGCCUUCUCUUCGAUUCACCACAGCAGAGUGCGCCACACACACCUGUCAGCCAGGUACACACAGCAGACGUGAACACACACUUUUCUCCAGCUCUUUCUGGUAAAGUGCUUUACCUGGUCCUUUUCUUUGGAGUUCUUCUCUCAUCAGCUACGUAGUCUUACUGGACUAUGCCCUGAUCUGUGGACUGAGGGGCUCGUACUGCAAGGAGAUUUUUCCACAAGCAGCACACUGGUGAAGAUGCAAGCCUCCACAAUUUCUCCUGUGACCAACCUCACUACAGCCGUGACCAAAUCAAGAGAACAAAUCCUCAUCCAGAGUUCAGGUGCCAUGAUCGCAGUCAUCGUCAUCGGCAUCAUAUUCAUCCUCGGUAUACUACUCAUCAUACUGAAGGCAUAUAACAAGAAGAUGCACACGAGGAGGAUACUCGGUGGGACUUCUAGCAAACCGCGGAAAACGACCUCAACUACAACAAUGACGACAUUGCCGAUGGAGCACUUACAUGGCAGUGCCAGGUUGGGAGGCUUUGCAAAUUUGCCCAGUAACUCGGAAAACGGGUUCCGUUUACCUCGAGCCGAGCUGGCCAAUACGGCCGAGCGGGUCAGCAUGAACAGUGGCUCCACUGUGGCCACGAUACAUAACGUGCCAACAAUCGGAAAUACGUAAAAAAAAUUAUAUGUAUAUUUAAAAAAUUACCUGAAAACCAGUAUGUGACUUAAAUGGGCUCCAUUGUGCUGUGACGAAUACACACACCCCCAAAUGAACAACUGUUCAGAGGAUGAUAAACCAGGACAUGGGGGGAAAAGAAAGACCCAACACUGAACUAUUGGCAUGCUGAGAAACACCAGCACCCCUGAAGGACAAACAUCGCCUAUGGACCACAAGGGACAUUUUAAGACCGAAAGACGUCAGAUGGUGUUUAAACUGACCACAGGGAGCUCACAGUGCUAAGCAUGGGCAAAUGGACCACUGGGGACAUUUAAGGUUCAUUACAGCUCUGAGAAAACCGUUCCAGUGUUCUGUUAACAUGUUGAAGGACCAGUGGCCAUUUCACCAGUUUGUUUAAUCCCAGUUUGUGGUCUCUUGAAAUCAAAACGAUUCAUACUUUUACAGAAGUAUGAAUUUCACACAGUGUCAUGACUGAGCAAAUAAUACAGUGUAUGAUAUCACAACCAGUUUCCUUUGAGUCCAAGUACUCAGACGUUAGUGAAUACAGAGUGAAGGCUGCAAUCUGUAACUACUCUCAAUACCACUAACAAUGGUGUUCAACUGAUAUUUAAAAUAAAGAUCAACUGAAAACCUUUUUAAUCUAAGGGCAGUCGUUAAAUUCUGUCAUUAGAUGUUUUAUUUGAGACCACAGCAUUGCUGAAUUCUCCAACCAGAAAGUGCUAUAACACCAACAAAGGAAUAUAUAUAUACACAUUUGUGUAUAUCAUUUCAUUUCAUUGUCUGUACCACUUAUCCGAUCUAUUCUCUGGUCACGGGGAGAGCGUCAUCAGGCAUCAAGACAGGAUACACCCUGGACGGAGUGCCAACCCAUCGCAGGGCACACAUACACACUACAGGCAAUUUAGAGACUCCAAAUUACCCUAGAAGCAUGUCUUUGGACUGUGGGAGGAAACCCACCAAGCACAGGGAGAACAUGCAAACUCCACACACACACUGAGCGGGAGCAAGACUCAAACCCAGGACGCUGGAGGUGUGAGGCGAACGUGCUGACCACUAAGCCGAUGCCGCCUUGUGUACAUCAUGCUACUAGGUUAUUGUUGCUAUAGCAACAGAGCAUCGUCACAUUAAAAAUAGGUUGAUUUUUAAUGUAGAAUUGUUGAUAAGUGUUGUUGGGAAAGUCUUUAGAAUGAAGGAGUUUUCAGUUUUUGGGUAAUGUGAUCAUUUGCAUUUUCUUUCUGAUUACCUUCACAAGAAACUAUUUAGCAUUGCAAUGCAAGUGAUUACAGGUAUAUAUAUUCUGUAUUCCACUAGAGGUCUUAACUCUUCCUGACCUUUGAUGAAAAAAAGCCACAGAAAACACCCUCACAACUCAAAAUUCCUACCCGGGAACUCCGGUUGUUCUUCACAGCUCUGAGCUCCUCAGAUUUCAGGGAGUGACACCAAAUGAACAUGACUGUGCACAGCAUCAGAAGUAAACAAAGCAGCACUUCCCUUCGUUUAAAUGAGCUAUACGUUAUAUAAAGCACUUUAGAUACACACAUAAUAGCUUGUUAAAUCUAUAGACUGACUAAACAGUCUGCGUAUUGAUAACAACAAAUGUACAUUUAGGCAUCUAUGUUAUACUAUUAAGCACUUAGGUCUGAUGUCUGAUGUAAUUCUAAGCCCCAAUUUCCCUUUUCUGAGGUAAGACGAGUGCGGCAUAAAUUGUUUUGUGGAUGUUCCUCAGCAUUUAAAUGUAACUGUAAACGGUUAAAAAGCAUGUCAUUCAUUAAUGAAUUAAAAUGUAUAAUAAUUGAGUUUUAGCAGGAGUAAUAUUUUAGCAUGUGCUGUUAAAGAAAAGUAUUAUACUUCAUGUAUAAAGAAACCUCCCAAUGCUUCAUGGUGGUCAGUAUCUCAUCACCCUGGUGUUGUUAUUUGACCCGUCAUGUUCCGUUCCUUUCAUACAUUUGACACAAUUUCCAAACCACAGCACAUUGAAGGUCUUAUUAAUAGACAGAAGUGAGAAAAAGUUUUAAAGUUGUUCUAACAGAGUCUUAUUUGUCCAAUUUUCAUUCACUAAUCCAAUGCAAAAAAAUUUCCCCCGAAAGUUUAAUCGUGUCUGUGCACAAUCAUGAGGAAACAAACACAUCAUAUUGUACAACUCAAAAUAUAUUUGACUGAAGAAUUCAUUAAAGCUCUACGUCAAAAUGUUAAAGGCUUACCUGUUUCUGACACCUAACUGUAGCCUAACUACAGUAUGCUGUGGAUAGAGCGUAGUGGUAUUUUAAAAAAUAAAAGCAUAUUAAGGCAGGAACCUGAUGUAAACAUUGGUGUUUACUGUAGAAUUUUGCACGUUUGCAUGUGAUAUAUUGACAAUAAAGCUUUUUAUGUUUUUUGAGAGAUUAAAAACAAAUGAAAUUUCCUGCAUUCUGCU